AAGCCCUAUGCCAAGGGUUAUGUAGCAAGGGUUGACGAAACCCUUGCUAUUUUUUUUCGCAAUUCAUUGUAACGGCAGUUUGUUGCAGGGGUCGAAAAACUCCUGCUAGUGGAUUGAACUAAAUCUAAUCCCAUCUUCCAAUUUGCUUCCGAAAAAUAGUCUUGUUUGCUGAUUCCGAUUUUCCUUCUUCCCCAAACGAAAACCCAUAGUUGAUAAUACGAAAUUCAAGGCAAAGAAGCUCUGAUUUUUCUUCUUUUCUUUACAGUCCCUGUUCGCUGAUUCCACCGAAACGUGAAAGAGAGGAUGGAGAGAGAGCUCGCUGAUUCAGUCGGAGCACGAGAGACAGGAAGGAGAAAGAGCUCUUUGAUUCUGCCUCAGCGAGAGAUACACGGAUCUCUCUCUGUCUCGCUCCAAACGACGCAAUUUCCAGGCCUCUCCCUCGCUCCUAACGCGCGAUUCUCCAAUCACUCCCUCGACCUAAGCGGUGCGAUUCUCUGUUCUCUCCCUUGCCCCAAGGGGUGCGCUUCUCUGAUCUCUCCCUCACUCCGACGCGAUUUCACGAUCUUUCUCCCGCUCCGGCUUGUAAGGUUACCUCUCUCGCACUUUUCGUGACUAUUGAGUGAUUUUAGGUUUCGACGCCCUACAUAUUAUAGAAUUGAUAUAUAUCAUUAUAUGCUAAAAUUUACACCAAUGAGAAGCUUAAGGAGAUUGUGUUGGGGGUCUCGUCUGGUUACACUUGACCUGAUGAUAUCGGUGGUUUGGUUGCCUGCUAUGAAUACAACUAUACAUCGACUGUUUGGAAAAGAAUAGUAACACCAUACACUUUGACACCAUUGUUUAUUGAAAAACUUAGCCAUUAACUUCCCUGGCUAAUGAGAUUGAUUAAUUGAGUUGGUGCUGAUGAUCAUUCUACUAUUUUCAUGUUUCAGGGGUAUUUCUUUAGCCUUGAGGUAAUAAUACUUCUGGGACUCUUGAGGAUUCAUGUUUUCUUAUUAGGAAGAUGGAUCCAUUUUAGUUACUAGUGGAAUGAUGAUUAAGUGCUUGGAAUCUUGAUAAUCACUUAACCUACAGACUAUAUGAAUAAUUUUGUAAGGCAGUCUACUUAAUGACGGAUUCCUUCAGCGAGUUGAUUGAAUUGUGUGGCUCUCUGAGAUAUUUUACAAAGGAGGAAUGUGUGAGUAAAGGGGAAAUGGAGCUGGAGCUGGACGAUGUCCUCUUGGUUCGGGAAGGGUUUGAUCAGAAGAAAAAGUAUGUCAAAGGGAAAGCAGCUUCCCACUUGUUAAAGCAGCUUGAGCUUGAGUGCGCUAUGCGGAGAUACUUGUGGCAAAAUUUUGAGAUGUGGUUCCAUGGGUGUCAUGAAAGGUUCCACCGAGGGCAGUGUGCUGAGACCUGCAGAAUGGUUGUCUUCAAGUCAUGUUGUUGUGGAAGCUUGAAGAAGGAGGUUUGUGGGAAGAGAUUAAGAGGUCCCUAUGCCCCUUGUCCUGUGAUGGUUCCAAUAUCAUGUGCUUGUGGUCAGACACGAUUUGAGGUUCCUUGUGGAACGGAGAAGGACCAAAAGUCUCCCAAAUGUCCAAAUUUGUGUGAAAUUCCUCCUCUGUGCAGGCAUGGGCCCAAAAUCAAGAUUUUUGCUGGCCAGCCUUGCUUUGGACGUCCAUGGUCCUGUGUGAGGAUCAGAUAUCAUGCAGCCUCCUUGACCAUAUCAUCACCGUGGCAAAUGGAGAAGACAUGUGCCUAUAAUCAGGAAUACAAGAGAAGUGUCUCCUGAGUAUUCCCAAGAUACCAGAUAUCUUUGCAUCCAUUACCCAUACAGAGGAAGAUAUUACUACAUCAGUGUCAUCUUUCUAUGAGGCAACAGGGACUCCAUCAGCUGUGACCCCAACAAGAAACCGGGCUUCUUACCCCCAAAACCCAGAGGAGAUAAGGACAAGGACCAACUUUGCCUCACAAGCAUCGGUAUCAUUUGCUCUAGAUGGAUAUAAGACAAGAUAUUCUGGCAUUUCUUGAUGGUAGGAUGAUGCGGGGAGACUGAACACUAAAGAAUGAAUUGGAAAGUGGGGAUGGUGCAAGGCUUAGAAGUUGGUCCCCAGCACUGAGUAUGCUUCUGAGCUUCACACCUGGGGUACAGGUCAGCAUCCGCAAGUAGAUCAUUAGGUUCUUAUGAGUACUUACAAUAUUAUGAGUAUUAGACCGUGUUUCUUUGGAUUACAUUUGAAUAUUUUUAGUUAUUGCUAUUUGACAAUGUAAAUAAUAUUAUCUCGGAUCAUGAACCAUGGAAUGAAUCAUGAAAUAUUGAUGGGUAGUGUAUGGUAUGAUUUGGCUACCAAGAAUGAUAUUUAUAGAAAAAUUAGCAACAAAAAAGC